GUCGACAGGAUGGUAACGAACCUGCUAUUUCUUGUCACAGCCUUAGUCUCGUAUUGUCAAGGCCUGACUAAAUAUGAAAAACUUGACCUGGCUUUCACGGAGCUCUUUAAGAAUGAGACCAUGGACAUGCUAUGGAAGCAACAUUUGCAGCAAUUCCAGAGCAAACAGAGACGAGGAGUGGCUCAUUAUUAUGACGACUUCAACUGCCACAAUAUUGGACCCCCCGCCUCUCAUACUAAACCAACUUCCGUUCACAAGCUGAGCCCCUGGGACAUUGAUGUGGUUGCCGCUAUGGGGGAUUCUCUAACAGCAGGUAACGGUAUCUCCGCCUCCAGCUGGGUGGGAGUAUUGACGGAGUACCGUGGGAAGUCGUGGAAUAUUGGAGGUGACGGUUCACUAGACCAGGGCGUCAUCACAUUACCUAACAUUCUGAGGAAGUUUAAUCCGAACCUGAAGGGCUAUUCUCUUAACUUCGGCGACAGAAAUGGAGCAGAUGCCAACCUGAAUGUAGCUGAUCCCGGGCACACAUCACAUGACAUGCCCGAUCAGGCACGAAUGUUGGUCCAGAGGAUAAAAUCCGAACCUGGAGUUAACUUCCUUACCGACUGGAAAAUGGUGACGCUGUUUAUUGGCGGGAACGAUCUCUGUGAUUACUGUAACGACAAUGCCCGAUACAGCGCCGACAAUUACAUCAACAACAUCCGGACUGCCCUGGAUAUUCUACAUGCUGAGAUGCCCCGAACUUUCGUUAAUCUUGUGGAGAUUUUUGACGUCACUCCGGUUGCUGCCCUCAGCCAAGGUUUCUUCUGCUCUUUUGUGACGAGUUAUGCCUGCGAAUGUGGUAAGGAUUCGGCGUCCGUAGCAGCUGUCCGCCAGGCGGCAUUCGACUACCAGUUUGAAACUGAGGUUCUGAUCGCAAGCGAGCGUUAUAACACACGGGACGAUUUCACUGUAGUACUACAGCCGUUCUUUAGGACCACAGUACCGCCAAAUCAGCAAGGGACCAGUUCCCCGGACCUUUCAUACUUCUCCCCUGACUGUUUCCAUUUUAGUGAGAAAGGUCAAUACGCUGCAGCUCAUUCCCUGUGGAACAACCUGCUGGAGCCCAUUUCUAGGAAGGACGAGGCUUGGUACAUCAACGAACCCUACUUGUGUCCAAAUACACACGCCACAGGGACAGGGCCUUACUUCGCGACGACCAAGAAUUCGGCCUAACUUGCUCGAUUAUAUGUACAUAUUGGUUAUCAGUAAAUGUACCGGUCAAGGUUUCCGGUCCG